UGCAAUGUCAGACUACCCUAGAUGAACUGUUUACUCUGUUUGUCACUGCAUGCAGGCAACGCUAUGCACACGGGCUCCCAAAUAUCCCCAAAUACCAGUUUUCUUUUUUCUAUGGACAGACUUCAUCCAGUGACCUCAGCACGGCCCCGGGGGUUUUUGAGUUGAUACUAUCUCGGCUAUGAAAAGAGAAGACCAGUAAGAAUGGAGAACAAUUUCGGGGAGAACACGAGCAUCACACUGCCGGAAGUCCGACUCGUCCUGAUCGGUGGGCGAUGGGCUGGAAAAAGCUCCUCUGGCAACACCAUUCUAGGAGAGGAAAGAUUCGAGUGUGGCCGAAUCAGAACAGCUCAGUCCGAAAAGAGGCGCGCCGUGGUCGGGGGCAGGCGGCUCAUCGUGGUCGACACUCCGGGAUGGCGCAGCUCCCGCUCCCUCUCCGAGAUCCCAGAGGUGGACAAGCAAGAGUUGAAACUCAACGCGUCCACGUGUAUGCCAGGGCCAAAUGUUUUUCUCCUGGUUGUUCCCAUAGACACAGCCUUCUCUGCGGAUAGCAGGAGGACGGUGGAGGAGCACAUGAAGCUCCUGGGGGAGCGGGUUUGGAGGUACACCAUGGUGCUGUUCACCUGCGGCGACUUCCUCGGGGAGAAGAACAUAGAGCAGCACAUUGAGAGCGAGGGAGACUCACUCAAGUGGUUGAUGGAAAGAUGCAGCAACAGGUACCACGUGUUUAACAACCACGAGCAGAGUCCAUCCAAUCAGGUGACCCGGCUGCUGGAGGAGAUAGAUGAGAUGCUGUGGCACAACAACUGCAGUUACUACAAGGUGGAUGAACAGACACUUGAUAUCAUGAAGAAGAAGCAGCAGGAAGUGGCUGAAAGGGCAGGAGAGAGAAGGAGGAGGUCCGAAGAACAAAGACAUCAGAUGAAAGCGCUCACUGCAGGAAAGAUGAUAACCAUCCCAAAACUCCACAUGGUUCUCUUGGGAAGCCGAAGCGCUGGGAAAACCUCACUAGGGAACACCUUAUUGGGAAACAAAGAGCAAGAAGUUGGAAAAUGGACGGCGCGCUCCGUGGCCCGGCAGGGUUUUCUGGGUCAAACUGAAAUAACUCUGGUGGACACACCGGGCUGGUGGAAAGGCUUCCCUGUGUGUGACACUCCCGAAGCGAUCAAAGAUGAACUGAUGACCAGCCCGUUUCAGUGUCGCCCUGGGCCUCACGUCUUCCUGCUGGUUAUAGACGCAGAUGCAUCCUUUAAUGCCAAACACUUACUGGCAGUGACAACACACAUGGAUCUUCUCGGAGAAGGAGUGUGGAGACACACUAUUGUAGUUUUCACCAGAGGAGACUGGCUGGGAACACACACCAUAGAGCAGUACAUCGAAGGGGAGGGACAGGCGUUGCAGUCUCUAGUUGAACAAUGUGGCAACAGAUAUCACGUCAUUGAUAACAAGAAUGCAGAUGAUGGCACUCAAACCACGGAGCUGCUGGGGAGAAUCACUGAGACUGUGGCUGGAAAUAAUUGGGACUAUUUCGUCCCGGACGAGAAGAUAUAUCUGGCUGUUGAAAAGAGAAAAAAAAGUGUGAAAAAAGGAGCAUUACUGAGGCAAAGUCAAGUCCAUGCCAAAAGAAAAACCCUCAGAGAUUCCAGUAAAGAGUUACAGGAGCUGACGGUGGUGAUGCUGGGCCAGAAGACCUCUGGGAAGAGCGCAACAGGAAACAACCUCCUGUGUAAAGAAGUGUUCGCCACCUGUCAGAAUGAGUCCUGUCAGGUGGGGACGGGGGACGUUGCUGGCAGACUGGUCACGGUGAUCGACACCCCGGGCUGGCGGAAGGAUCCCUCCCGCUGCACCCAAGAGAUGGACAUAGAACUAGUCCGAGGCCUGUCUCUGAGCCCGUUGGGGGUUCAUGCUGUCCUGCUGGUCGUCCCCUUGGACCUGGCGUUCGGAGAACUCCAGCAGGCCGCCCUGGAGGACCACAUGGACCUGUUUGAUGCCAGCAUCUGGAAACACACCAUGGUUGUGUUCACACACGGAGACAAACUGGCACAUAAGUCCAUAGAGGAGCACAUCGAGAGGGAGCACAGCGCUCUACGCUGGUUAAUAGACAAGUGUGAGAACAAAUACCACGUUAUGAACAAUCGGAAGAAAGCCAAUAUGAGUCAGGGCACCGAGCUGUUUGAGAAGAUCGAUGAAAUGAUGGCAGGGAAUGGCGAGCAGCUCUUCUGCCCAGAGAUGAACGACAUCUACCUGAGAAUUGAGGAGAAGUUCAGGAGGAGGCAGCUCAAACAUGUGCUGAAGCAGAGACUAAAGGAGGAGUACCAGAAGAGAGAGCUGAAGCUGAUGGAAGGCUUCAAGGAAACACUCCUCCAGCUGCAAGCUGAUGUCAGGGGAAAUGUGACAAGCACUAAAUCCAUGUCACAGAUUUGUAACAUGACCAAAGCCAAAGGUAUUGGCCUGAGGAAAAAAGAGGGAACGAAGAAGAAGGAAAACAUAGAUUCAAAAAUCAGCCAGGAAAUCGAAAAGCUGGAAAAGGACAUAAGAACAAAAUCCUCUGAAGUUCUUCAGAGCAGCAAGGACUUCUUGGUCCCUUCCUUGAACGGAGAGAGUCCAGCGCCAUCUAUCGCCUAUUCUUUGCCAGACAGGAAAAGUUCAACCGGCCAAUUUGAUAAAGUUCUUCGUUGGCUGUCAACACUUCAGAUCGGCACUAACGUAGACAACCAGAUGACCCUCAAAUUCUCUCAGACGUCCGGAUACGGAUCUGUGCUACCACACGACAACUUGGACUUUGACACAGAAUUAAUGAAUGAAUCCUGAAGGAACAGUCCCAAUUGGGUGAUGUAAU